AUGGUGACGCCAUGGCCAUUCCACAGCUGGGCACUGGACAUCAUAGGACAGAUUAAUCCUAUGUCGUCAAAGCGCCACAAGUAUAUUAUUACUGCCACCGAAUACACAACAAAAUGGGUCGAAGCAAUACCCCUCAAAGACUAUGCCGGAGCAACCAUUGCGACGUUCAUUAAAGAAUAUAUUAUCUGCAGGUUUGGCGCACCCAUGAUUAUCAUGGCGGACAACACUAAGUCAUUUGUGAACAAAUAUGUGAUAUAUUUACUUCAACUAUACAAUGUUAGACCACACACAUCAACUCCAUACUACCGUAAGGGGAAUGGACAGGCAGAGGCAAGCAACAAAACAAUCAUCCGGAUUCUAAGAAGGACGGUCGAAGAGCAUCAAAGGGGAUGGCAUGAACAAUUACAUCUCGCUGUAUGGGCCUAUAGGAUGUCGAAACGAAGCGCUACAGGAGUGUCGCCCUACUCGCUCGUUUACGGGAAAGACGCAAUCCUACCUGCAGAAAUUGUGAUCCCAUCUACGAGAGUAGCAAUGGCAAGUCACACAAUACCAGAUGACGUAAGUCGAUUUGCUCAUCUGGACGUGAUCGAAGAAAGAAAAACGCAGAGGAAACGGUUCGUUGAGGCAUACAGAAAACGGACGACAAAUUACUACAAUCAAGGCGUCAAACAAAGGAAGUUUGAAGUAAACGAGCUAGUCCUUAAGAUUGCCCCACAUGUCCAACGGAACGCCAACGCUGGAAAAUUCGUGGAAAAUUGGGAAAGACCCUGCAAGAUAAGAAAAGUAGCGGAAAGUGGGUACUAA